AUAAAGCUUUCGCGUAACUUGUAGCCGUCAGUCGCUUCGAGCGAGGCGUGAUGUAAAUAACGUAUCUUGAUAUCGACCGUUCGACCUUGGCCUUAGUACACGUGACAAUAUUCAUCGUGAACACGAUAAGGGAAAAGAAGAGAGAUUCUCUAUCGAGGGUAUAUCGACGAAUACGAGAGCAAAAAACGAGAGGAUCCGCGCAGAUGUAUCGCCCGUGGAGAAAGACCUUCGUAGGCUUUUACGAGAUUGGACGUACGAUUGGACGCCUUCUGGCCAGUCUCUGAGAGUAAAGUAUUCGGGGAUUUUAGAGAAUCCUCGAAUAGAGAAAAUUGUGGCCGCUUUUAUACGAGCCCUCGUGUCUGGAAAGCAGAAUCCGUGAGGGUGCGAAGGAAGGGGCGAGGAGAGAAGCUCGGCGAUGAGCCGGCAAUCUUACAGUGAUACAACAUUGUGAUCAGCGAAUUGUGAUAUAUACUUAUACGUUACAUACACGAUACGCCGGUAUAUCGUGUAAUUUAUUGAAGAGGAGACCGAUUCCCCCAUGACGACAUUCGACAUGGCAGAAAAGAAUAGCGACGCGCAAGAUCUGGAAAAGACCUCGUUGGUAGACUCGGUGCUGCAACCGAAGAUCCAACCGCCCACGCUGCUGGAUAAUGAGAAGACGGAUGUGAACAAUGAUCCUAACGGGGACGUUCGAACACCCAGAGGAAGCGCCGUCAGGCAAGUCCUGGCCGCGCUGGUGGCCCAGCUCGGCACCAUCAACACGGGCAUGGCAUUCGGCUUCUCCGCCAUCGCCCUGCCACAACUCCAGGAGCCGGACAGCAUCAUUCCCAUCAAGGAAGGAUCGACGGAAGAAUCGUGGAUCGCUAGCAUAUCCUCCAUCGGCACGCCAAUCGGCUGCUUGGUAUCCGGCUACAUGAUGGAUAUGCUCGGCCGGAAACGUUCGCUCAUCAUCACGGAGAUCCCGGCUCUGCUCGGAUGGCUGUUGAUCGCGUUCGCGACCGACAUACGCAUGAUAUACGCCGGUCGUUUCUUCGUCGGUCUGGGAUCGGGUAUGGUGGGCGCGCCGGCGCGCGUCUACACCAGCGAGGUUACGCAGCCACAUCUCCGUGGGAUGUUGACCGCAAUCGCAAGCGUCGGGGUCAGCACCGGGGUGCUGAUAGAAUAUGCUCUGGGAAGCAUAGUGACGUGGAACGUUUGCGCAGCAAUCAGCGGUAUUUUGCCACUAACCGCGUUGCUAUUGAUGUUCUUUUUCCCAGAAACUCCGUCCUAUCUCAUAUCGCGCAGCAAGCCGGACCAAGCGGAAAAGGCGUUGCAGAGGUUUCGCGGCAGUACUUACAACGUGAAUCGGGAGAUGGAAUCGCUGGUGGAGUUCUCCAAUAAGAAUAACAUUAAACGACUCACUGGACUCCGGGAGAUUGUAUGCGCCUUGAUAAAACCAAGCGCGCUGAAGCCGUUCACCCUGUUGUUUCUAUACUUUUUGAUAUAUCAGUGGUCGGGUACCAACGUUAUAACUUUCUAUGCCGUCGAAAUUUUCAAGGACUCAGGAGCGAGCCUGAAUAAAUAUUUGGCCGCGGUCAUAUUGGGAAUAGUCAGACUCAUCUCCACGAUCGUAGCUUGCAUUUUGUGUAGAAGAUGCGGCAGAAGACCCCUUACGAUGAUAUCUUCUGUUGGCUGUGGCUUGUCCAUGCUAGGAUUAGGUGGAUACAUGUGGUUUAAGAAUUACAGUGUCGAGAAUGAUCUUACACUCGUCGCCACAUGGAUCCCAGUCUUUUGUAUAUUCUCGUACACCGUCACUUGUACCAUGGGCUUCCUGGUUAUCCCGUGGGUGAUGAUCGGCGAAGUUUAUCCCGUCCAAGUACGCGGUAUUAUUGGCGGGUUGACCACCAUGUGCGCGCACUCAUUUGUCUUCAUGGUGGUGAAAACUUAUCCGUUUCUCGCCAAUUCGCUUACUCGUCAUGGUACGUUCAUUCUCUACGGCUGUAUAUCCUUACUCGGCACAAUAUACUUCUACAUAUGUCUUCCGGAAACUAAAGGUAGAACAUUGCAAGAGAUCGAGGAUUAUUUCUCUGGCAGAAGUGAUACUUUGACGACCGGCAAAAUAAGUAACAAACCAAAAGUUUUAGAAAUUAAGAAAGGCCAGAUAUUACCGUAAAAAGGACCACUCUAACCGUAUAAUUUUUAGCGUCCGACUAUUUAAAAGAAUCUAUCUUAGUUAAGAGAGAAGAACGCAUUUGCUUGUAUCGAUUAAGUUUAAUUGAAGCCGUUCUGCCGAAGAAAAUGAGAUGAAAACUAAAAAAAUUUUAUCUAUUUUAUUAAGGAUGUUAUAUGAAAUGGGCAAAGUACUCAAAAAAUCUGACGUUUGCUUUUUGACACAAAUAUAUAUUUAAAAAAAUAAGAUUAAAUAUUUUUUAGACAAUUGACAAUUAUAAGACACAAAUGGACAUAUUUUAUUAUUCUACAAUAUUAUUUAAACAAAUUACCAGAGAAAAAAUAUAUAUUUUUGUAGAGGAUACAUAUUUGUUCACAAAGCAUGAAACUGAUUAACUAUAUAUGUAUACUUAAUAAAAAACACUACAUUCUUGUAACAUCAAUUAUAGAAACAUAAUAAAAUAUUAUUAAAAUAAAUUAGCAAAAAUAUAUAAAUUCAACUAUAAUCUUCAAAAUUUUUCUCAAUUAUGAAGAUAUAUAUAAAAAAAUAAAAAAAUAAACAAACUCAAUACGCCUUAAUAAAAAUAUGCGCAAAGAAAAAAGAAGGUGCUAUUACAUAAUUACAUUAUAGUAUUAAACUGUAUGUAUAUAAGUAGCUUUAUUACAUGUUAUACAUAUAUAAGAAUAGCAUGUAAUGACAGCUACUUAUUAUGACAAACAUAAAAUUAUAGAAAUCAGAAGCCAAUUUUUAAUUCAUGAUCAUGUUGUAUAUAUCUCACCGAGAGCCAUUAUUUUAUGGAAUCAGAUCGAAAAAUUUUUUUAAGUAUAUAUUUAUUGUAAACCAUAAGUAACCAAAUGUAUAAUCUGAUCACCAUCAUGUACAAUUUAGAAUCGAUAUUAAUAUUAAUCAAUGAAAGUAUAUAAAUAUCAUUUAUUAUAUAUACCUAUAAAAUGCUUUAAUGUGAUUGUUGUUAAGCUCUAAAUAAUGAAUGACUGUACAAACGACUUAUCUUUUAUAAGAAAAAAAAA